UGCCAACUAUCAGUGCCAGUCAGUGCCGCCUAUCAGUGCCAUGCCACCUAUCAGUGCCUGUCAGUGCUGCUUAACAGUUCCAAUCAAUACCGCCUAUCAGUGCCAGUCAGUGCCACCUAUCAGUGCCCAUCAGUGCCGCCUAUCAGUGCCACCUAUCAGUGCCAUAAGUGAUGCUUGUCAAUGCCCAUCAGUGCAACCUACCAGUGCCUCCUCAUCAGUGCCUUCUAUCAGUGCCCAUCACUUCAGUUUCAAUAGCGCACAUGAG